AUGACUAUCAUGUUUACACUAUCCAAAAAUUAUGUGAUGAUCCGGACAUACUUGCUGAGUUGGUUGCUGGUGUUUAGUCAAGAAGGUUUAGAAAUCAAAGUUGAGAGAUUAUCUGAGUCCUCACAGAUGGCUGGUGCUGCUAUUUCAAAGGAUGUUGUAUCUGUUACCGCCGACUCUUCUGUUGUCGAAGCCGAGAAGGAUUCAGGCACCAGUCCGAAUGGUAAACGUUCGUUGCAGGAUGUGGAAGGACAAUUGGAAAAUGCUAAUUAUGGUGUGCAUGAGUCUAGAAAGAGGAAACAAAGAUUGAAAAUUAUUGAAGGUGAUGAAAGGAGGACAACUUUAAUGGUUACACCACCUGCAUCAUCCAAUCAUCAUAUUCAGAGCAGUUCUUUAAUGAAUAUUACAAACUUAAGUUCCCGUGGAAGUCAUAUUCCAACUCCUCCGAAUAUUGAUAUUAGAACUUCUCGACGUUUGCCAAAGUGUUCGGUAGUAGGUACUAAUGGAAAAGAAAACUCUUACCCUGGUGAAAGCUCUAACUGUGAUGAUUCCAAUUCUUCUGAUCGUUUACCAUCUUCUGUUGUAAAAAACAUUUCCGGGAUUGCAAGAGAGUACGUUGAUCAUGGAGAUGUUAUUUUUACAUGUUCUUACUGUCAUGCAAUGCUUUGGAAAGAUGAAAUGCUUAGGGGGAAUUUGGAUUCUAAUAAAUCGGCUUUUUCUCUUUGUUGUUCGAACGGAGACGUUGAAUUGCCGCCCUCACCUGAUCCUCCUCCAUUUCUUGAAAAACUUUACAGAAGAAGUUCGUCUGAAAGCCGCAAUUUCAUGAAUAAUAUUCGAGCAUAUAACAUGAUGUUUUCCUUCACAUCUCUUGGUGGCAAGGUUUCUAAAAGUUUUCAAAAAAGCAGAGGUCCUUAUGUUUUUGGAUUACAAGGACAAAAUUACCAUCGCAUUGGUACUCUGCUACCAAAUGAGGGUGAAGAGCCCAAAUUUUCACAGCUUUAUAUUUAUGAUUCCCAAAACGAGGAUUUUAAUCGUCAAAAGGCUGUAAGUGUCAAGGAAGGUUCCAAAACAAUUACAAAACAACUCCUUGAUCUUUCCAUCAUAUCCAGUGUUAAAAAAAUGUUGGAUUCUUGUAAUCCACUUGUGAAGUCAUUUAGAAUGGUACGAGAUUGUUUUAAAGAAAAUGAGUGGCAAGAUGUAAGACUCAAGCUCAUUGGAACAAGGGAUAAGGAUGGUAGAACUUUUAACUUACCUACAUCUGAAGAAAUUGCUGCAUUAAUAAUUGGUGAUUUUGAUGGAGCCUUUGAUAAAAGAGAUAUCAUAGUCCAAACAAGAUCAGGCGGUCUUCAGAGAAUUAGUGAGCUUCAUCCCUCUUAUCUUGCAUUGCAAUAUCCACUUAUUUUCCCAUAUGCAGAAGAUGGAUUUAGACUUGGUAUUAAACAUCGAGGUAUUUCAGUUGAUUCUGAUAUAGUUAGAACCAGCACGACAAUGAGAGAAUUUUUUAGUUACAGACUACAAGACAGGCCCAACCACUUUUCAUUGUUACUCAAUGCUCAAAAGCUAUUCCAACAGUUUGUGGUUGAUGCUUAUACAAUGAUAGAAUCUGCACGGUUAGCUUACAUAAAGACACAACAACCCAAACUUAGAAGUCAAACCUUUAAGAAUUUAAAUCAAAGUGUUCAAAGUGGAGAAAGCGAUGCGUCAAACUGUGGAAAACGAAUUUUGUUGCCUUCAUCAUUUACCGGCGGAUCGAGAUAUAUGAUGCAAAAGUACCUAGAUGCUAUGGCAAUCUGCAAAGCUGUAGGAUAUCCGGAUCUCUUCAUAACAGUCACCUGUAAUCCCAAUUGGCCUGAGAUUUAUAGAUGUUUAAAAGACAAACGGCUGAAUCCUCAAGACAGACCGGAUAUUAUCUCACGUGUAUUCAAAAUUAAAAUCAAUCACCUAAUUCAAGAUUUCAAGAAACAUAAAUUCUUUGGUGAGAUACAAGCAAUUAUUUAUACAAUCGAAUUUCAGAAACGUGGCCUACCUCAUGCUCAUAUAUGUUUGUUCUUAAGUGCCAAGAACAAGUUUCCAACUGCUAAAGAAAUUGAUUUGGCUAUUAGUGCUGAAAUACCUGACAAAGAGACGGAUUCUGAACUGUAUGAACUUGUCAAACAGUUUAUGAUGCACGGUCCGUGUGGUACAGACAACCCUCAUUGUCCAUGCAUGGUUAAUUUAAAAUGUUCAAAGAAGUUUCCGAAAAAGUAUGUAGAUGAGACUUGUGUUGAUUCUGAAGGAUAUCCUAUCUACCGUCGUCGUCAAACAUGUAACACUGUAGAAAAAAAUGGCGUGUUGCUUGACAAUAGGUUUGUAGUUCCAUACAAUGCUAUGUUACUCAAAAAGUAUCAGUGUCACAUAAAUGUUGAGUGGUGUAACCAAACAGGAUCCAUCAAAUAUUUGUUCAAAUACAUUAAUAAGGGUCCAGAUAGAGUGACAGCUUCUGUUUACCAAAGUACGACAACUGCUGGCAAGAACAAGGAAAAUGAGGAAAUGACCAAUAAUCAAAAUCCGUCAAACAAAACAGAAGUAGAUGAAGUUAAAGCAUAUCUUGAUUGUAGAUAUGUUUCAGCAUGUGAAGCUGCUUGGAGAAUCUUCAAGUUUGACAUACACUAUCGACUUCCAUCUGUUGAAAUAUUGCCUUUUCAUUGCGAAGAUGGUCAGGCUAUUGUUUAUGACGAUAAUUCAAACUUGUGUGACGUGGUUAGUAACCCAACUGUGAAAAUGUCUAUGUUUACAGAAUGGAUGAAAUGUAACCAAAUGGAUGCAUUCGCUAGAACAUUGAAGUAUAUAGAGUUUCCAAGACACUUUGUAUGGAUACGUAAAGAACGAAAGUGGAUUCGUAGAAAAAGACCUUUUGGUGCCGUUGGUAGGAUACAUUAUGUACCUCCAUCACUUGGUGAUUGUUAUUUCUUGAGAAUUUUAUUGAAUCACGUUAUAGGACCAAUGAGUUUCGAUGAUAUAAAAACAGUUGAUGGAAAAAUGUAUCCUACCUUUAAAGAUGCGUGCCUCGCUCGCGGUCUGUUGGAUGAUGAUAAUGAGUAUAUAAUUGCCAUGGAGGAAGCAAGCACAUGGUCCACUUCUGAUUUCUUGCUUACAUUUUUUGUAAUGCUGUUGUUGUCAAAUUCCAUUUCUGGGCCUGGUCAUUUCUGGAGACAAACAAAAUCUCUGUUGUGUGAAGAUAUAUUAUACCAGCAACGGAAGGUUACUGGUAUUUCUGAUUUGGUUCUUCCAGAGGAAGAGAUUGAAAACAUUUGCCUAUCACAUAUUGAAAAAUUGUUACUUGCUUAUGGAAGUACGUUAAGCUGCUUUUCAGACAUGCCGAAUGUUCCUGGGAACUACAUUUCAGCAUUGAACAAUCAAAUGAUAAUGAAAGAAUUUUCCUAUGAUCGGAGUAGCUUAAAAAAGGAACUUGCAUCUUUCUUAAAAUCUUUAACUGAUGAACAGCACAAAGUGUAUCAAACUGUCAUGAAUGCAGUUGCUAAAGGAAAUGGAGGUGUUUUUUUUCUAUAUGGUUACGGUGGAACUGGGAAAACAUUUCUAUGGAAAACAUUUGCAGCUGCGUUACGCUCCAAGGGUGAAGUUGUUUUGAAUGUUGCAUCCAGUGGUAUUGCAUCACUCCUAUUAGAUGGCGGUAGAACAGCUCAUUCCAGAUUUGUUAUUCCGAUAAACGUUAACGAGGAUUCUAUAUGUUCUAUAGAACCGAACAGUGAGCUAGGAGGCUUAAUAAAAGAAACUAAGAUGAUAAUUUGGGAUGAAGCGCCAAUGACACAUAAGCAUUGUUUUGAAGCUUUGGAUAGAACAAUGAGAGAUAUAGUCCGUUCCAAUAAUUCGUCCUUGCAGUCCAAGCCUUUUGGCGGAAAGAUAGUCCUUUUUGGCGGUGAUUUUAGACAAAUCCUUCCGGUCAUUCCAAAAGGUACUAGAAGCAUGAUUGUAAAUUCUUCAUUGAAUUUUUCUUAUAUAUGGCAUGAUUGUCAAUUACUCAAACUAACUCAAAACAUGAGGUUAAGAGUCGGUACAAAAGCAAGUAAUCUUCAGGAGAUCAAGGAAUUUGCUGAAUGGAUUUUACGCCUUGGUGAUGGUCUACUUGGUGAUCCAAAUGAUGGAGAGGUGGAGAUUGAAGUUCCAGAUGAUCUACUUAUAUUAGAUGAAGUCAAUCCUAUAUCUUCAUUGAUCUCAUUCACAUAUCCGGAUAUGCAAAACUUUAUGUGGGAUUCAAAUUACUUUCAACAAAGAGCCAUUCUUGCUCCCACAAAUGAUGUUGUUGAUUCAAUAAACACAGAACUGUUAAAUAGUAUCGUUGGUCAAGAGAAGAUAUAUCUAAGUUCGGAUUCUUUAUGUGAUACUGAACAACAUUCGGACCUUGACAUGGCAUUGUUUCCUCUGGAUGUGCUAAACAAAAUGCAUUUGUCAGGAUUACCUAACCAUAAAUUGGUUCUUAAGGUUGGAGCUCCGGUAAUGUUACUUAGAAACAUUGAUCAAACAAAUGGUUUGUGUAACGGUACACGGCUUCAAGUAACAAAACUUGGAAAACUUGUAAUUGAAGCAAAGAUUAUUACCGGAACUAAUAUAGGUCACCAUACUUUGAUUUCAAGAUUGAAAAUGAUACCAAGUGAUAAAAGAUUACCAGUGAAAAUUGCUCGAAGACAGUUCCCACUAUCCCUGUGCUUUGCAAUGACCAUCAACAAAAGCCAGGGACAAUCACUUGAACGUGUAGGACUAUAUCUUCCACGUCCGGUUUUUAGUCACGGGCAACUAUACGUAGCUGUAUCUCGAGUAAGGAGCAGGAGUGGUUUGAAGAUUUUGAUAUGUGACAGCGAAAAACAAGUAUCUAUAACCACAACUAAUGUGGUCUACAAAGAAGUUCUACAAAAUCUGUAG